AUGAUUCAAGAAGCUACAGAAUCCUGCCACUGGAACCAUGUUUCCGGAACAUCCAAUCCAGCUGAUCCCCUCUCUGGUGGCGUCAAUCCAAUCGAUCUCAAACAACUUCCCAUUUGGUGGAACGGUCCGAACUGGUUAUCCCUGCCACCAUCCGAUUGGCCUGUUAACGAAAUGCCAUCCCUUGACCCACAUUGGAUGUCGGAGGCCAAAACCAACGUAACCAUGAUAGCCACACUCAAGUCCAACUUUUCCGAUAAAUUAUUCAGCCGAUACUCCUGCUUCAGCAAACUUCGUCGAUCUAUUGAAUACUGGAUGCGAUAUUUCCGUGCCCUGAAAGCCGCCGUCAAGAAGACCACCAUCGAACCUUUCGAGACCUUAACAACUGACGACCUCCGUGAUGCAGACAUCGCCCUUUCUCGGCUAGCCCAGCGCGAAUCAUUUCCAGAAGAAAUGUCCAAUCUUAUAUCCGGCAAGGAAGGUGUCAUCCGAGUUGGUGGAAGACUCGGCAACGCCCCCGUGUCCGAAGAUGUAAAGUUCCCAAUUGUCCUCUCGUCGAAGCACCGGUUAUCCGUCCUGCUAGCCAAGGACUACCACCAUAUGCUGCUCCAUGCCGGUCCCCAGUUGAUGCUUUCUUCGAUUCGCCAGAAAUUCUGGAUCAUCGGUGGCCGAAACUUAGUUCGCCGCACGUACCACCAAUGUCACACGUGCUUCCGCAACAAACCCACCCUGGUGCAGCAGAGUAUCGCCGACCUGCCUACAACAAGAGUGACUCCGACCAGACCAUUCGCCGUAUGCGGCAUUGAUUACUGCGGUCCCGUAUAUAUCAAAUCUCCGGUGCGUAACCGGACUCCUACUAAAGCGUACAUCGCAAUAUUUGUAUGCUUCGCUACACGUGCCGUCCAUAUCGAGCUUGUAUCUGAUAUGUCAACACCGGCUUUUAUGGCCGCUCUCCGCCGUUUCGUCGCCCGCCGUGGAAAGACGAAGGAAAUCCACAGCGACAACGGCACCGCCUUCAAGGGCGCAGCAAACGAACUGCACAGACUCUACGCCAUGUUAAAAUCCAACCAAACCGAACGAAAGCAGAUCCUCGACUGGUGUGCAGAGAACGAGAUUAUCUGGCGUUUCAUCCCUCCGCGAGCACCACACUUUGGAGGGCUGUGGGAAGCAGCCGUUAAAUCAGCUAAGCAUCACCUGUUACGUGAAAUCGGCAAUGUAAACGUUGGCUACGAGGACAUGUGCACUUUAUUGGCCCAAAUUGAAAUGUGCCUGAAUUCGAGGCCCCUGGUUCCAAUUCCAACCGAUCCUUCAGACCUGGAAGUCUUAACUCCAGGACAUUUCCUGAUUGGAGCCAGUUUCCAAGCCGUUCCGGAAAACAACUUGUGCGACAUUCCGGAUAAUCGUCUGACGCACUUUGAGCUCGCUCAGAAGCGAUUCCAAGGAAUCUGGUCCAGAUGGGCACCAGAAUACCUCCAGCAACUCCAGUCUCGCGUUACAAGGUCCAAGCCACCAGUAACCAUCAAACCAGGUGCCGUCGUGGUAAUCAAAGACGAUAAUCUACCACCAAUACAAUGGCCGCUCGGAAGGAUCACUAAGAUUCAUCCGGGCAAAGACGGAGUGGUACGUGUCGUCACCCUGAAGACACUGCAUCAUCCGAAGCAAUCGUCAGACCUGUGGCGAAGAUUGCGCUAUUACCAACAGCAGAAAAUCAUCAUCCGGAUCCUGAAAAAUGAGACCUGGUAG